AAUAAAAAUGUCAGCGCCAUCAAUGGAGGAAAGGAAGGCUUGCUGGGGAGCCAGGGAUGAAUACUGGAAAUGCUUAGAUGAAAAUAUGGAAGAUGCAUCUAUGUGUCAGAAGCUUAGAUGUUCUUUUGAAUCUAGGUGUCCACAGCAAUGGGUAAAAUACUUUGACAAAAGAAGAGACUUUUUAAAAUACAAAGAACAGCUUCAAGCAGGAGAAUAUCAGCCUCCUGGGACUACUGAAAAUUCAUAGCUACACAUCAACUUAUUGAAACACAAUCAAUGAAAGAAUAAUCUUAUGGAAGAGAAGUACUGAAAUAUGACAAGAACUCUGAGUUAAAACUAACUGUACUGUAUCUCUAGAAAUUCAUGCUGCUUUCCU